AGGACUGAAAAUCAGCAGUAACGCGACGUUCAACGUGACAUAAACUUUGUGGCAAAGUGUAGAUGUAGAAGUCGUUUUAUAAAAAUUUGCUACAAUAAAUCUGAGAAUUUAUACGAUAUAGCUGCAGUUAUUUUAAAUAGUUAUACUUAUUGCAGAGAAAUAAAUUAAGCAAAAUGAAAGGUUUCAUACUCUGGGUCUGUGUUUUUAUUUUUGCUUCGUCUAGUUCGUCAAAACUAAAAGAAGAGAAACACAUAAAUACAAAUGUAAGAGCUAUUCAAGAUGAAAUUAAACCUUGUUUAAGUGAAAUUGGUAUAGCUUAUGAGGCUUUAUACCCACCAGCCGAAAUAAUAGCUAACGUACAUACUCAACCAGCAAAUAAAGAAAGAACGAAAAAUCAUGGCUGUUUCAUGGCGUGUGUUUUGAAAAAACAGAAUUUAAUAGAAGGAACAAACAUUAAAGAAGCACAACUUUAUUCAAGGUUACAUGAAAUACUUGACGAAGAACUUGAUGGACCAGGACACCAAAUUAUACGUAAAUGCAUGGAAGAAGUGAGGAAUAUGACACAAGAAUGUGAGAAAGGUUUUUCUCUGUACGUAUGUAUCGUAAAAGAAGCGGCUGCGCAUGAAGAAGAAGCAAAACGUCAGAAAAAUAAAAAAAAUUGAAGGAAUAAAAACACAAUAAACUAAAUGAAAGACAAGAAGUAGAA